AACCAUAACCAAUCAUAUCUAAUGAUUCACAUUAGAUAUGAUUCAUAUGUCUGAAUCAGACUAGUGAAUCAGAUGAGGCAACUGUGCUCUUCCUCUCGUGAUCUCUGCCCUCCUCCUUCUAAUCAAAUGCAGCCUAAGCAACACCUUAUAUUUGCCAUAUAAGUCCACAAUAGAAAAUCUAGACUCUCUCUCUCACUCUCACACACACACACACACACAAACUGACUUCACAUACCUCUUUUGUGGAGGAAAAGAGUGCCUUCCCACCUAAAUCCUGUGAUGUCAUCUGAGACCAGGCUUCUUCACAGGAUUGGUGGAUCUCGCCAUAAAUUUCCUGAAAACUCCCAGCCCUUUUUUUCUCCCCAUCCUAACACUGCACGUCCCUGACUUCCUGCCCGAGAAAAAAGUUUUUCCUCGGAGUCUGCAACUUUGACGCAAAUCAGUAACUUUGUUUUAGGGAUACAGCUAGUCAAUCUAGACUGCUAAAUUUUGGGGCUCUUUCUUUGCUUUUGAGAAAACAAAGUAAUCGAGAUUAUGGAGGUGGUGAAGAAGAAAAUCCAAAGCCUCCAGCUACAAGUUGAUGAGGCAGAAGAUCGUGCACUGGCCGUACAAAGGGAGUUGGACACUGAACGGGAACUGCGCGAAAAAGCGGAGGGCGAUGUGGCAUCUUUGAACCGCAGGAUCCAGCUGGUGGAGGAGGAGUUGGACCGUGCUCAGGAGAGACUGGCCACAGCCCUGCAGAAACUGGAGGAGGCUGAGAAGGCUGCAGAUGAGAGUGAGAGAGGCAUGAAGGUGAUUGAGAACAGAGCCAUGAAAGAUGAGGAAAAGAUGGAGAUCCAGGAGAUGCAACUCAAAGAAGCCAAACAUAUCGCUGAGGAGGCAGACCGCAAAUACGAGGAGGUUGCCCGUAAACUGGUAAUCCUUGAGGGUGAGCUGGAGCGAGCAGAAGAGAGGGCAGAGAUCGCAGAGCUUAAGUGUGGUGACCUGGAAGAAGAGCUGAAGAACGUCACCAACAACCUGAAGUCACUAGAGGCUCAGUCUGAUAAGUACUCUGAGAAAGAGGACAAAUAUGAAGAGGAGAUUAAAGUCCUGAAUGACAGACUUAAGGAGGCGGAGACCCGUGCAGAAUUCGCAGAAAGGACAGUGGCUAAGCUGGAAAAGACCAUAGAUGACUUAGAAGAGGGCCUAUCACACGCUAAAGAGGAAAACAUAGGAAUGCACCAAGUCCUGGACCAAACACUGCAGGAGCUGAGUAGCUUGUAGAAUGCCAAGAAGAACAUCAAACAAUUAAAAUUAAAACAUUUGUUUUGUAAAAGAUAUUUUCUACAUACCAUCCAUUCUCUGUAAUUUCACUCUUAUUCCAGGUUGUUAAAACACAUGUACCCCUUUUAUAUAUUUAUGGUUAUUUUGUUUCUUUUCCCUUUUUUUAAAUGGUUUUGGGUCCAUAUGAUAUUCAGUUUCAGUGCUGGAAAUUGUGUUGUAGACCAGACUCUGAGCACAAAUAAAACUGAUGAUGAUGAAGUGA